UCCAAAGCCAGGAGCCAGGAGCUUCUUUUGGGUCUCCCACAUGGGUGCAAGGGCCAAGCACUUGGAUCAUCUUCCACUGCUUUCUGGGGCCAUAGCAGAGAGCUGGAUCAGAAGUGGAGCAGCUGCUUCUCGAACCGGCGCCCAUAUGGGAUGCUGGCACUGCAGGUGGUGGCUUUAUCUGCUAUGCCGCAGCGCUGGCCCCUCCACCAUUCCCUUCUAUUGAUACUUUGCACCCUGUCUCCCUAUACUGUUCUCCUACUUGUGAGAACCUUUCCCUAAGGAGGUUAAUAUGUGGACAGAGGCCAGCUGAUGUAAACAUCCCUAUUCUAGAUGCCCCUAUUUUCCUAGAGAAUGGGAACAAAGUAUGAGAGACAUCUGGAGCUGUUAUUGACUCAAGGGUCUUGGACUCACUCAUAAUAGAAAUUGACAGGUUGUCCAACUUUAACCUAGACAAGGUAUCUGGGGAAGACAGCAAGGUGCAGAGAUAUUCCACUGGCUGAACACGGGGCUUUAUUGGUUUGGGCAGGUAUGGUCUUGUCCUUUCCAUCUCUGGUUCAUCCCUCUGGGCACAAUGCACUUUGCUUUGCACUGGGUAUGGAGUUCUACACAGGCACUGUUUCUCCUCUUGUGAGUGACAAGCUCAAAAUGGCAGUGGUGCUCACCACUGCCUCCCAGGAAGGUCUUGGAUCAGCUGCACUGGGCUAUUCUGGGCAUGUGUAUAGUGUACAGGUUGGGAAAGUCCCCAAAAGAGCUGACAGAGGCCUUUUGCAAUUGGUGUUUAAGAUAUUCCUCGUCCCAAUUGGCUGAGAGUUGAGUGGAGUAGCUUGUGGUUACAGCUAGGCAAAUGGAUACGUGGAUAGGGUAAGAGUUGGCUAGGGAGGGCAUUGACUUUGUGAGUGAAGUGCUGUUUCUCUCCUGUCUCAGAGUGACUUGAUAGUUACGUGACCUUGAGUAAGUGUAUUCUUUCUUUGAAACUGGGUUUUCCUGGAUGUAGACGUAAUGGUAGUAGCAAUCACAUGGAACCUGGGGGUGGGGAUUAAAUUGUGUAAUUCAUCUCAUGGAAUCGUGGGCUGCUUUACUGUUAGCUAAGACAGACCACUCCUGUAUCCUUUCUCCUUGGUUCCUGAUUCCACUGCAGAAGUCUGUGCUCAUGUUGUUCUGGCUGCUUCUGCCUUGUGUCUGUUUUCGUGGGAGUUAACAGUGAGGAUCAAAGAGUGAGUCCUCAGGGUUAAGGGAGGCAGGAAAAGAGAAGGCUCUUGAUAGCACUGUCCACUGGAUGGCUGCCCAGCUGACUUGCUGUGGGGGGCAUGCAGUAACGGAUGUUGGCUGUGACUACCCCCGGCAUGCUGCUCAUAUGUGGCUUGUGCCUGCUGUUACCGGUGAUGCUCCUCAUUUGCCCACAGCAGUCAACCAGUGGCAUGUGGCAAAGAAGUUCCUUCCCAGGAUCCAGCCAUAUCAAGUGAGGGUAUCUCCCCAUCUGAAUACAAGGAAAGAUGUUUCCUGUCACAGAACAUGACUCCAGACCUGACUCUCUCCUUCUGUGUGAAGAGCCGCUCCAGGAGGUGCGUGAACGCACCACUGCAGGAAGCUGCACGCAGGCGGCUCUGGGCACUGGAGAAUGAAGACCAGGAGGUGCGGACGCUGUUCAAGGACCUCUCUGCAAGGUUGGUCAGUAUCCAGUCCCAAAGGGCCCAGUUCCUGAUCACCUUCAAGACCAUGGAAGAAAUAUGGAAGUUCUCCACAUACCUGAAUUUAGGCUACGUAUCUACAUGUCUGGAGCAUCUCCUCUUUGACCACAAGUACUGGCUCAACUGCAGGUUGGUGGAGGAUACAGAGAUCCAAGUGUCUGUCGAUGACAAACACCUGGAAACAAUGUACCUGGGACUCCUGAUACAGGAAGGCCACUUCUUCUGCAGAGCCAUGUGCUCUGUGGCUCAACCAGCUGAGAAGGAAGGGGAGUACUUGACACUUUGCAAGAAUGAAUUAAUCUCCGUGAAGAUAGCAGAAGGCGGGUCUGAGUGGGAAGGCGUGUCCCAGUGGGAAGGCGUGUCCUUGGUGACAGGUCAGCGAGGCCUGGUGCCUGUGGCAGCCCUGGAGCCCCUGCCUCUACCUUUCCACCAAUGGUUCCUAAAGAAUUAUCCAGGAAGCUGUGGCCUUUCCAGGAAGAGAGAUUGGACAGGCUCCUAUCAGAUUGGCAGAGGAAGAUGUAAGGCCCUGAAGGAUUAUAAAUGGGAAGCAAAGGAUGAACUGAGUAUCCAGCAGGGAGACAGCAUCGAGAUCAUCGGCUUCAUUAUUCCCGGGCUGCAGUGGUUCAUCGGGAAGUCCAUGAGCUCAGGAGAAGUGGGCUUUGUGCCUACCAGGAACAUAGAUCCUGAUUCUUACUCCUCCGUGAGCAAGAACUCUGCCUUUUUAAGUGAUGAGGAAAGAUGCUCUCUGUGGGAUCUGGGAUGUGACAGCAAAGCUGAGUGUGCCAGUUUCCUUCACACGCUUGCUCAUACGGACAUCACAUCUGUCUACCGGCUCAGUGGGUUUGAAUCCAUCCAGAACCUUCCAAAUGAUCUGAGCGUGUCCCAGCCCGAAGGCUGCAGGGAGGCCAGUCCGGGCAGGACUUGGGAACAGCAGCAGACCAUGGGAUCCAGACAGUCCAGCAGCUCUGAGGACUCCAGCCUGGAGGAAGAGCUCCUCUCUGCCGCCUCGGACAGCUACCACCUGCCGGAGCCUGAUGGCCUUAAUGACCCAGAACUGUUCAUGGACCUAGACACUGGUCAGGAGGAGGAGGAAGCUGAGAACUUUGCCCCCCUGCUGACUUUUCUAGAUCAUGAAGGUUACACUGACCACCUCAAGAGCCUCUAUGAUUCCUCCUUCUCUUUCCUCACUUCUUCCUUUUACAGCUUCUCUGAGGAGGAUGAGCUUGUGGCUUACCUGGAGGCCUCGAGGAAGUGGGCCAAGAGGAGCCACAUGACCUGGGCCCAUGCCCGGCUCUGCUUCCUCCUGGGCCGGCUGAGCAUCAGGAAGGUCAAACUCUCCCAGGCCAGGGUGUACUUUGAGGAGGCCAUCUACAUUCUCGACGGGGCAUUUGAUGACCUGUCUUUGGUGGCAGCUCUGUACAUCAACUUGGCUGCCAUCUACCUAAGGCAGAGGCCAAGAAAUAAAGGCUCGACCUUGCUGGACAAGGCAGGUGCCCUGCUGGCCUGCUUGCCUGACCAUGAAUCCAGCGCCAAGAAUGAGCUCGACGUGGUGGCCUACGUGCUGCGCCAGGGCAUCGUGACAGACAGCAGUCCUCUGGAGGCCAGGGCUUGCUUCCUGGCCAUCCGAAUGUUGCUGAGCCUGGGCCGGCAUGAGGAGGUCCUGCCCUUUGCUGAACGCCUGCAGCUCCUCACCGGACAGCCUCCCGUCUCGGAUGCUCUGGCUGCCAUCUUGAGUUUUUUGUAUGACAAGAAAUAUCUUCCACACCUUGCGGUGGCCUCUGUGAGGCAGCGUGGAACGCCGAGUGCCCAGGGGAUGACUCUUCCUACUUGGCAGGUCUACUUGGUUCUCCAGAAUGCCACCAAGCUCCUCAGCGUUUCCUCCGCCAGCUUGGGUGAAGUUUCCGCCCUGGCCUGCCCAACACUCAGGCAGGCUCUGGCUGCCUGUGAGGAACAGGCAGACUGGAGCACCCAGAGGGCCCUGUGUCUCAUCCUGUCCAAAGUCUACCUCCAGCACAGGUCUCCUGAGGGUGCCAUCCACUACCUGAGCCAGGCCUUGGUGCUAGGGCAGCUGCUGAGUGAGCAAGCAGCCUUUGAGUCUUCCCUCUGCCUUGCGUGGGCCUAUCUCUUAGCCAGCCAGACCAAGAAGGCUUUGGACCUCCUCGAGCCACUGUUAUGCUCCCUGAAGGAGAAAGAGAGUGUCACCCAAAGGGGAGUAGUCCAUAAUCUCUUAGGUCUUGUGCUUCAAGGUGAAGGCCGAGUGAACAGGGCAGCCAAGAGCUAUCUCCGGGCCUUGAACAAAGCCCAGGAGACAGGGGAUGUGCGAAACCAAGCAGUGACCAUGGCCAAUCUUGGUCACCUGACCCUUAUUUCUUGGGCUCAGCAGCCAGCGAGGGACUAUCUCCUGGAGGCUGUCCGACUCUAUUCUGAACUCCAGGCCUGCAAGGAGACGGACAUGGAAUUAGUACAGGUCCUUCUCUGGUUGGCCCAAGUUCUGGUGUCUGGAUGCCAGCUGACCCAGGGCCGCCUUUGUUAUGAAAUGGCAUUGCUGUUUGGCUUAAGGCAUCGACAUCUAAAGAGUCAGCUUCAGGUCACCAAAUCCCUCUGCCAUUUCUACAGCUCUGUGUCCCCAGAUCCUGUGGCAUGCAUCACCUACCAUGAACACUGGCUAGCUCUGGCUCAGCAACUCAGGGACCGGGAGAUGGAGGGGAGGCUGCUGGAGUCCCUCGGGCAGCUCUAUCGGAACCUAAACACGGCCAGAUCCCUCAGGAGGUCUCUCACGUGCAUCAAGGAGAGCCUGCGCAUCUUCAUCGACCUGAGGGAGAGAGACAAGGCUGCUGAGGCCUGGCUUGGGGCUGGGCGGCUCCACUACCUCAUGCAGGAAGACGAGCUGGUGGAGCUGUACCUGCAGGCAGCCAUCCAGUCAGCCCUGAAGUCAGAGGAGCCCUCCCUGGCCCUCAAACUCUACGAAGAAGCAGGUGAUGUGUUUUUCAAUGGGACCCGCCACAGGCACCGUGCAGUGGAGUAUUACCGAACGGGUGCUGUCCCAUUAGCAAGGCGGAUGAAGGCCCUGAGGACUGAGCUCCGGAUUUUCAAUAAGCUGACAGAGCUGCAGAUCAGCCUCGCAGGCUAUGAGAAGGCUCUGGAGUAUGCUACACUGGCUGCCAGACUGAGCACAGUCACAGUCUUCCAAUUCCUAGGAGAUAAGAAGCAGGAGCUGGUGGCCUUUCACCGCCUGGCUACAGUGUACUACUCCCUGCACAUGUACGAGAUGGCUGAGGACUGCUACCUGAAGACACUGUCCCUCUGCCCACCCUGGCUGCAGAGCCCCAAGGAGGCCCUGUACUAUGCCAAAGUGUAUUAUCGUCUGGGCCGACUCACCUUCUCCCAGCUGAAGGAUGCCCACGAUGCCACUGAGUACUUUCUGCUGGCCCUGGCAGCAGCGGUCCUGCUCGGUGAUGAGGAGCUGCAGGACACCAUUAGGAGCAGGCUGGACAGCAUCUGCCGGAGCGCCUUGUGGCACAGCAGCCAAUCCGGAUGUUCUGCAGAGAGGGCGCGGUGGCUGAGCGGGGGCGGCCUGGCCCUAUGAGGGGAGCCGUGCCUGGGCUCUCAAAUGCUAUGUGGGAGGGUCUGAGUUCAGCACCGCUUCGCAACAAGAAGAGCAAUGCCCAAAAGGAAAGGGGCCCAUUCCCAGCCACACCAGGAGCAGUUGAUGGAGCAGCAAGGAGACGUCCUGGCUCUGGGCUCAGCAUUGGGAACCUCUUCUAGUUGACCGUAGCCCUUCUACACAAACAGCAUUUGGAAUGCACUUUUGUAAUUCUGGAGAAAAAGAGAAACCUUUCCUCGGUGAGAAAAUCAGGCCGUGCACUGGUGAAAAGGCAGGCGGAGUGGAGUUCCUGUCAUCACCCAGUUUCUCAGGGAAAGAGUCUUCCUUUGGCCAGCUGAGGAGCCCGUGGCUUCUUUCUCUUCUUUGCUCGGAGCAGAAGGAGGUGCCACUCUGCAUGCCCACAGGUACUGGUAGGAGACAAUCCACCAUGCUCUCAGUUCCAAAGAUACAGCCUUGGAGUGGCUGGGUGGUGCGCAGGGUGUGCGAGUAUGACUCAGGCUCCCAUUUCCAUCCUGCCUGGAGCCUGUACCCCUACACAACCUCCCAGAAAUGCCAGGGAAGCUUCCUAAAGACCAAGGCUUGAAAACGCAGUGUUAAGGAAAGAAUUACACCAAUGGCUUGUAAAUACUGUAUAUCAUUAAAUAUCACCAAUGUGCACACAAA